AUGGCAGCGCAGUAUAUAAAUUACAUUAAGACGAAGGCUCACAUUUCCAAGUCGACCAGAGACCACACACCAGAACCCGUCCUGACUUCCGAUGACGAGGCCUUUUUGCAACGAGUGACCUCCCACCCCGAGGAGGUGGGACGAGAUCCUCAGAUGGCGCCCAUGGAUGGCGCAGAGCACACUGAAGACAGUACUAGGAUUAGCUCCCCAGAAGCUGAGCAGAAGGGUGUGCAAAGGAGCCUAAGCAGAACGUUGAAGGAGAAAGGCAAGGAGAAGGGAGAGAAAACCGGAAGUCCGAAGGGGAAGAAGAUGAGUCCGUGGGGCUGGGUAGCGCAGAAUAUGGAUAAGAGGAAGAAAGAAAAUACCGCGGCAGGACUAUCUAGCGUUGCAGAGAACCUCAAGCCUUCUCAUACAAAGAUAGGAGGGUUGAAUCUGGAUGAAGCAAAGGGGGAGGAGGACGACCUGACUCAAAUACUCGAGCGCCUAAAUCUCUCAGCGGUGAAUAACCGUGUAUUUUCAAUUAGCGACGAUACGCAGAGUAUCCUAAGGAAGUUCAAUCUCGUUCUCAAAGACCUCAUCAACGGCGUACCAACGGCAUACCACGAUCUGGAAUCGCUACUAACGAACGAGGACGGUCAGUUACAAAAGUCCUUCAACCAUCUGCCAGGCUUCCUCCAGAAACUCAUCGAGCAGCUGCCGGAUAAAGUAACCGAGAAAUUUGCACCCGAAUUCCUGACGAUGGCCGCUGAGAAAGCCGGCAAGAGUGGAAUCAGCCUGGAGGAAGCUACGAAGACAGCGGAAAAGGCAAAGAAGAUGGGGUUGAGAAUUCCCAGCUUAAAAGAGCUAGUGGGGAAGCCGGCAGCGAUUGCCGUUCUCCUUUUCGUCCUCUGGUACUGUCACAAACGUGGCCGUGAAGUGCGUCUCGAAAAAGAAAAGUCCAAAACGGAAGAUGCCACGAUCAUCGAUGAAAAUGAUAAUAGUAACAAUACAAAUAGUGGCAGUGAUGACAGCGCAUCAAAAGCACAGACCACGACUGUUGCAGCCACAGGCGAAACUGGGCAAGGGCAAGACAGGGCUGGAGUGAGGGAAACGCAGGAUAAUGCACAGCAAGCGGCCUUCCUGCAACCAACAGCGGCAACGGCAACGGCAACGGCAACGACAACGACGAGCAGUACCAUUAACAAUGCAUCAUCGUCGCCCGCAUCAACUGCCGAGAACCAGACACGUCGCCUGAAAGUGGUCGAACCAUAUUCGGGGACAUAG